AACAUAAGCACGGGUGCUCGUCCGCUCACGGCCCACCGGUCCCUCGGCUUUCUUUGAAGCGUUGUGUAACAGGCUAGUUCUGCUAAACAGUUGUGCGAACUUCUCACACUGCUCACUCUAGCUCGUGACCUUUCUUUUUCGCCGUUCCUCGCUGUACGAUCGUUGUGUGUCGUGCGGGGGCUUGUAGGCAGCAAAUCGCAGUGGUUUAUUGUAAUUUACGACGUUAGCAGCUGGCCCGCUGCAUGUAGUUAAUGUAAGGCGCAGCACAGCGGCUAGAGCUGAGCGAUGUCGUAUUUCUCUCCCGGUGAUGUUCGCAGAACAGGAUGCAUGGGAUGUAGUCACGAUUCUGCCAGUAAACCGCUCAAAGCAAUAAGUGCGGAGUGCGAAGUUAUUGCGGAGAGCUGCAGUGCGAACAAUCAAGGUUUAUUGCCGGCACAAGUGUUCCGCAAAAGCGCCUUCGUUAUUCUGAGAGACGUCUUGGCGGAAUAAUUAGAAACGUGACACCUUCGAGGUUUUAUAGCAGAGCGUGAAAGAUAGCGAGCGUUUCAGCAAUGCGAUAUGAGGUUCUUUUGAAAACGGUGAAAGAAAGGAAAAGAAGAAAAUGUUAGCACGAUUUCCACCAGCCUUUCCAGUGAAGAGCCGACAUGGUAUUAGAGCAAGUUGUCAACCGCAGAAACACGUUAAAUUAUAUCCUUUAUAAAUUAUAUAAGUAUGUGAAAGGCUCGCCUGUCGGGAAAGCAGGUCUCAGUUUGAUUGCUAAUAGUUUCCAUUUUAUCAUGCAUAUCUUCUCUUCGAGUAUCGCCCAAUGGCACAGACUGAAGCUCAAUGUCGCUGAGACAAUGGCAAAAGUUGCUUGUGUAUUUGGUGGAACAAAAGGAAUCGGCCUUUCGGUUUCAAAAAAAUUUUUAGCAGAGUCUCACCAUGUAGCAGUCUUCUCGAGGAGUGACGAUAACUUGAAGAAAUCUGUGAACAGCUUGGUGAAAGCAUUCCCAGACAAAAUAAAACAGAUCCACGGCCGCACUUGUGAUGUGCGAAGCGAAGACGAAAUUAAAGAAGUUAUAAGCUGGACAGAAAACAAUGUCGGUGCCAUAAACUCUCUAAUAAAUUCUUCAGGCAUCAACAUAAACAAGCUGCUGCUUCAAACAUCAAGCGCCGACCUCCGUUCUGUGAUUGACACCAACCUCAUUGGGACGAUCAACACGUGUAAAGCCGUGCUCAAGUACAUGCUCAAACGAAAGCAAGGAAACAUAAUUAAUAUAGGUAGUAUUGUGGGGACGAAAGGUAACGUCGGUCAGACAGCAUACAGCGCGAGCAAGGCUGGACUGGACGGAUUCACGAAAUCACUCGCAAAAGAAGUUGCUUCGAGAGGCAUUCGUGUCAAUCUUGUAGUUCCCGGUUUCAUCAAAACUGACAUGACAGAAACGGAACACUUGGACUCCAUUCUGCCUUUGAUACCUCUUCGUAGGAUAGGCUGCACAGAGGAAGUGGCCGAGAUUGUUUACUUUUUGUCUUGUGCAUCUUACAUGACCGGACAGACGGUGUUCGUCGAUGGUGGACUGCAGCUGAAUCUUUGAAUCGGUCAAAGCAGGUGUACAUAACGUGCGGGGGGUGCAUUACGAGAGUCCUUUUUUUGUUUAGCAUUUUUUUUUUUCAACAGAUGAACAUGACAUGCGGGAUGAACAAAGUUAAAUAAAAAUGUGAUGCAGUG